GAGUUUCACGCCACGCCUCUCUGCGUGAAGAAUUUUACAAGUCAGAUUUAAGCAAGUUCAACUAUCUUGCUGUUCAAGAAGAGCACAUUUUAUCGUUUAACGGGACACGCCGUGGACAUGGCCUAUCAUAACCAGUACAGACCACCUCAUUAUAACAGCGCACCGCCGGAUCAGGGCUUUCUAUGGAACAUAUUUCAGAGGGUAGAUAAAGACAGGAGUGGGGCAAUAUCAGACACAGAGCUUCAGCAGGCAUUAUCAAAUGGUACAUGGACACCUUUCAACCCUGUGACUGUCAGAUCAAUUAUAUCUAUGUUUGAUCGAGACAAAAAAGGCGGGGUCAACUUCAACGAGUUUGCCGGUGUUUGGAAGUACAUCACAGACUGGCAGAACAUCUUCCGCACCUACGACAGGGACAACUCAGGGUUAAUCGACAAGAACGAGCUCAAACAGGCUCUCACUGGCUUUGGUUAUCGUCUUUCAGAUCAGUUCUAUAACACACUGAUAGAGAAAUUUGACCGUCAGAAGAAAGGUCAGGUGGCUUUUGAUGACUUCAUUCAGUGCUGUAUUGUACUACAGAGGUUAACUGAUGUGUUCCGGCGAUAUGACACAGACCAGGAUGGCUGGAUCCAGGUGUCAUACGAGCAGUAUCUCUCAAUGGUCUUCAACGUUGUAUAGCACAACUCAAGCACGCCUGCACACUCAUGUGCCAAACACCAAAUGUCCCUCCCCAUGCGGUCUUCCAGCAGAGACCACACAACACUAACCUCUACAGGAGGGUGUGGGGAAGGAAUCUUAUGACUCUUAAUUCUGUCUGUCUGUUUGUCUGUUAGUAGUCAUAUCAUAUUUCUUUAUGAUGUUAACCAUAUUAUUAUUGUAAUAAUCUAUGGACUACCACUCUCUUUCAUUGUUUAAGUAAUGUCGCAUUGUAAAAAACAUACCAUGACUCUGUUGCAUGCUUUCUGAUAAACCUCCUUAAUGUCAAGGCAUGAACUAAUAGUUCUUUUUUUGUGGCUGAAUUCAUGUUUACAAAGAAAUACUGAGCAGGUUGUGUUUCGCCAUUAUAAGAUCCUUUUUUGGAUUGACUGUCAGCUCUUCCAUUUAUUUGUAAAUAAUUAUAUUUUUAAUCUUCACAGUAAUGUGACAAAUUCAACCUUUUAUUUUAGGAAGGAGGUACAUAUGCUUUUGUAUGCCUUUUUCAUGCAUGAUGCCUUACAACUGUUGAAAUAUCUAAAAUGAUAACUGUUUUAUUAAAAACUGGAAAAUAUUUGAAAAUCUUUGCAUUUUCUUAGAAUCCCUC